GAAAGAAAUAAGGAAAAGGUGGACAAUUUUCAAUUUUAUGCUUUAAAUAAUUUAAUUUUUUUUAACUAUUAUCUCUUUAUGUAACUCUUAAAAUACAUAAUAAAUUGAUGCAGUUUAUUCCCCUUUGAUGUUAAAUUAGCUAAGCUCAACUGACUCUCUAUGGAAUCCUCUUAUAGUAAAAGUUGCAACAGAUAUAGAUUUAGUAUUUGUUUCAUUAGGAUUUAGAGGAAUCGCUAUAAUCAAUGAAAAAGGAGAUUAAAUAGUGCAUACUUAGGACCUUGGUAAUAAUUAUGUGUCAUCCUUUGAAUCUACUUCAGAUGGCCAAUACCUUUUCAUUGUCGCUUCAUAAAAUUUAUUGGUUUAUCAUUUAGAUUUUAAAACAAAUAAUUCCUCUAAUUUAGAAAUGUAGAACUUUGAUUUAUUAUAAAAUGUAACAUUUUAGAAAAAUAUUUUAGUUACUAAUUAUAACUAGCAAAAAGAAUUACUAAUAAUAGCAGUAAAAGGAGGGGAUAUAUUUAUUUACGAUACUUCUGUAAAGAAUAUGCUAUCUCUAAUUUCUACUUUUAAUACAGAUUCUGUAAUGAUUAAUAAUAUGUUUCUUUCAUAGGAUGGAUAAUGGCUUUAUGUAGCAAGCGAUGUGAAAGGUCUAUAUAUGCUUAAUUUAUAAGAAUAAUUUGCAGCAAAUUAAUAUGGAAGAAAAAUAAACAUUUAAAUGGCUGCCUUAGGAACGGUAGGAUUGAGUGCAUAUUAGGGUAUUGCUACAAGAGACAAUAUUUUUAUUUAUGCUAUUGAUUUCUGGUAUGGAUUUUUUUACUCAAACUCUUCUUAUGUAGUUAACAGUAAUUCAACUCAAUACCCAAUAUAACUAUCUUUCACUGGGUUUUGGCCCUUUUAAAACAUGUAGACUGAAUGUCAAGUGAUGAUUAUGAAUAGGGAUGAGACCUUUAUUUUCUUAGGUAUUAGAUCCUAAGGAAUUGCAAUUUUCGACAUUAGAUAAAGAAACAAUAUUCAAGUUGUAGAAUUAAUAAAGUCAGACACUCUUUUUAUUUCAAUACAGCUCUCAAAAACAGAAAACUAUUUAUAUUUUAGUAGCUCAAAUAGUAUUUUUACAUACACUUAAGAUGAACCAAAUUUAAAUUAGGAUUUACCAAAUUUAUUUAACACCCAUUAAAUUAAGUAUCAAGAUUUUCUCGAUAUGGUCUAUAAGUGGAGAUGCUACAUAGAUCCUGACGAUCAAUAUCUCAUCGGGGGAUUUGAUGUAAGAGGUAUAUAUGUAUUUACUUUUAACUAAGACCCCUAUAGUCUGGACGUUAAUAAUUUCAAAAAUUAUGAUAUUCCAGUAGAUGCUAUGUAUUUCGAAAAAUCAAACAAAUACUUAGUUGUACCUAGAUACUUUUCAGAAUAAGGUAUUGGAAUAUUUUAAUACAAUCCAUUAAGUACAAAUCCUGAUGAAUAAAAUAUUUCUCUUUAAAAUAUGAAACUUUUAAAAGACUACAAAAUCGAAGAUUACUAAGUCUCAGAAAUGAUUGUUUUUAGUGCUGAUACAAAAUUUGCUGUGCAAACAUAUAUGAUUGGUUUGAUUAUUUAUGACUCAGCAAAUAUCUUUAACUUAACUAUGAUAUCUAGAUGGUAUAAUAAGGAUUUUAUGAAAGGAGAGAAUCAAGGAGCUUGCUUCACAAGAGACAAUAAUUGGAUAUAUAGCACUAUAAGACUGUUUGGAGUAUAUCUUUUAAAUGUUCAUGAUAAGGCAAAUCCUAUUCUAACUGAUUAUAUCAUAACUCAUGGAGGUGAAAAUGUUAUAAUGUCUUAAAUAUUUGAUUCAUAUUUAUACUUAUUGGAUGGUUCUUAAGGAUUUGGAAUUAUCGAUUCAAGUUAUGCACCUUAGUUACGAAUAAUUUCAAGAAUUCAACUACCAGGAUAUAGUAUAGAUGCCUUGCUUAUAAAUGAAGAACAAUAUAUUUUAAUAACAUCUAUGGGAAAAGGAUUUUUAACUUUGAUAGACAUAAGAAAUAAAAAUUUCCCACAAAUUGUUAACAGUAUUUCUUAUGAAAAUCAAUACAGUUAUGCAUUAUGCUCACCAAAACUCAGUUAAUAUUUAUUUAUAACUACUUCUGCUGGAAUUAUUGUACUUCCAACCCAUAGCUAAAUUUAAAUUCAUACCCAUGUAAGUUUAGUUCAGUAAAAUAAAAUUACAGGAUAAUAAAUCCUAAGCAAACUCUAAAAGCAAGCUUUAUCAUUUGAUUAAGAUAACAUUAGCAAAAAUUUAGAAUUCGUCUUUACAGUUGGCUAACAAAUUCAGUUUAAUUUUGCUAUACUCUAUCUUAUUGACUAAAAUAUCUAAAUUAAUAAUAUUAACUAUUAUUAACAAGGAUAAAAUCUACCUAUCCCUUCAUUUUUUUCCUUUAAUAAAUUUUUGCAAUCCUUACAAUUUUUUGUAGAUAAAAGUUUAGUUUAUGACAAUAUAAAUUAACCAAACCUAAAUAUUAUUCUUCUUUAAACAGUAAUUCCUCUGAAUACUUAAUCAUUUAUUUAAUUUUCAAACUAAACUGAUGUUAGUGUGAUAAAUAUCACUUAAUCAUAAAUGAUUUACGAAUACCUCUAAUAAUAUAAUAUUAUAGACACUAAUGGAAUUAUUAAUAAUUAAUUUGACUUUACUUAACCCUUCCAUCUUGAUUUAUAAUUUUAGAACUAGUUGAUUGACCCAUCAACUAUAUAAGAAGAUAAUUAUACAGUUGUCAUCGAAUAAAUAACUUGGAUAAUUAAACUAACAUUAAUGAGAUCUUUUUACAUAAAUCCAAUCAAAUUUUAUGUUCAAACUUCUCUGUCCUUUGACAACUAAAAUAUAAAUUAAUUUAUAACAUCUAAUACUCAAAACACAAUUUCUCUAACUCUAUCUGUAAAUAGUACUGAUGGUAAAUUAAUUUUUAAAACCAAUCCCAGUGUUGUAUUUUAACUUUCUGAUUUAUAAGAUUAAUUAAUAAUCUAAGGAAGCUUAGAAAAUGUAAAUAAAGUGCUUUAUAAUUAAAUAAUUUUUGCAAAUAAAACUUAAAUCACUUCAAAAAGCUCUCCAAAAUUAACUCUGACUAUUUAAGAUGAUAUAAAUUAUCCUCUCAUAAAAUAAUUUAAUAUUUACAAGAGCUAAUUUAUUAUUCUAAAAAAGUAGCUAUAAGUCAACAGUGAGAACAAUCUUUAAAUAUAAAUUAACAAGAACUUUCCAGGAGGUAUUAUUGAUAUUGAAUCUGAUAUAGCCUUCUCUUUCUCAAAAGAUUCUUUUAUUGUCUCUGAUACUUAGGUUUUAACUUACUAAUAUUUUUAUCUUUAAUCACCAAAUAAUUAUAAUUUGAUGCCUCCAAAUUUUUGGUUGUAGGAAUCUGGUAAUAGCGAUAUGUCAUUUAAAGGCUCAACUACUUCUAAAAUGUUUUAAAAAUCUUAUGCUUUCAAAAUUAUUGCCUCAGAUGGAUAUACUUCUGCUGAAGACGUAUUUGUUUUGGAAGUAAGUGGGAUUCCUCUAAUUUACUUGCUGAAUCUACUACUCAAAAUAAUUGGCCCUAUUAUUUUUUUACUCAGUCUAAUUUAAUAAAGAAGUGUAUUCUUAAAUGCAAUUUUCAGGAAAAGAGUAACUUUUUCUUAAGAGGUGGCUGUUAAGAAAAAAUUAGAGAUAGAUUUAAAGUAACUGAAGCCUCAUGACUAGCCCUUUCUUAUAGAAUAAAAGUACAUGGACAGUAAAGGAAAUAUAAUUAUGUCUCACGUCAUAAAAGAUUUACUAAAUUAUGAUAUUAAAAUAAAAUAAUUAGACAAACACAAUUUUAAAAAUGAUAUUUAGAAUAUAGAUUCUAAAAUUUAUAGAGCAUUAAGGGCUUAGAUUUCUAGAUAUUUUUUAAACUUAGAUUAUAGAUCAUUCAUAGUUUAUAGCUACAUAAAAUAUUUUUGCAGUAAGGAAAUUCAAAAUUGUCAAAAUGACUGGUUUAAAGCUCUUAUAAAAAUCGAUUACUAAUAAUGUGAUGUACUUAAAUUAAGCUAGUAAUGUUAGAAGUAACAAAAAGUAUUUCCAAAGCUGGAGCUAAAAUAUGAUGUGCUAUUGUAAAUACUAUAAUUCUUGAAAUUAUUUCCUUAGUAGUUAAAUAUAGUUCCUAACUCUUUUGAGUAAUUUAUUGAGCUUUGCAUAGAGCAUUAAUCAAAUAUCAAUUUAUACUUAAUUAGAGAAGUCAUAUUUGCUGAUACUUAUGGAUUUUGUGGAGAAAAAACUUCUAAGUUAAAAGUAGCUUUUGGUUAAUCAUUGCAUAUAGAUUCAUAAAACAUUAAAUAAAUUAUUGCAUGCAAAAAGAGGAAGAUAAGCAAAUGGUUUAGACCUUUUUACAAGCUUUUAAAUUUAGAGUAUACUUAAUAUGGAAUUUCUAAAAAUAUGAGAUUGCCUACUUGGCUUUAUUUAGAUUAAAAAAAUGGAGUGAUUAUUUUGCAUGGAAUACCUGUAUAAGAUGAUAUUGAAGAAAUACUCAUUAGAGUUUUAGAUAAUACAGGAUAUGUAAUCUAAUAAUACAUAUUAAAAAUAGUAAAAAAUGUAAAUAUAAAUUAAUAAAGCAAUGAUAUUGAUUAAAUUUACUAAGUAGCUGAUGAGAUAGAGUAUUAAAACGACAGUAAUUAAUCAUUUAAAUAUAAUAAUUAGGAAAUAAAAAUAUUGUAUACAAAUGACGUUAAUAAAACUCCAUCAAUGUUUAAGAGAUAUUCUGAGGUAAAACCAAGAUAAGUUAAAAAGUAAUUUUCUCAAAGUACCCAAUCUCCAUCACUAUCUCCUUGCAAAAUGAGUGACUAUAAUUUUAAAAUAAAAAAAAAUUCGAAAAACACUGAUAGUUAAAAUAUAUAGUUAAUUUCUUUGAGUGAAGAUCAUAACACCAUGAACAGUUUUUUUAAUAAUAAUAGCAAUAACAAAUAUGAGCUCACCCUCAGCUAAUAGAUUCUCACUCCAAAAUGUCUCUAAAAUACGAAUGAUUUAGAAAAAGUAUUAACAAAUUUUUCAGUCAAUAAACAUUCAAUUGAUGAGAUAAAUUAAAAUUUAGAUGAGAUUAUAGAAUGA